AGAACCUAGUUUUACUAUUGGAUAUACAGGAUCGAAGGAACAAAGGCGAUAGCCCUACGCAGUACUAUGUACAGAAUCCUCAGACGAAAAAAAGACUUGACAUGGGGGUUUUAGGAGUGGUUCUCGGACGUAAAUUCACAUUGCCCAAACACUUAAAUCCUCCGCAUUGGUCGCCGAAAGAGUUCAACCUUACGAAGGAUGCCGAAGAGAAUCCUCGCCGAAACCGUUAUCACAGCCCCUGAAGAACUAGCGGCCGAAUCCAUGGCAGUUCAUACGUGGGCAAGGUUGAACCCUCCCCCAUGAAACAAGUGUGGCCUACGGUAUGUAUAUGUAGUUAAGAUUUUCUGACCGUGCCGUUUGGAUUUUACGCAGUUUGGCCGUCGGGUUUUACGGAUAUACGGUCGUGAGGGAGAGCUUGCUGUGAAGCAGGCUGUAUUGAUUCUAUUGCUAGAAAGACAUCCCUUCAUCUCUCCAAUCUUGGUGAGGAUAGGGAGCAACAUUCCUGCUGGUGCUUGUCACAAUAUGUGUUGUUAUGCAGCGACAGGGAUAUUGCGGGGGCCAUCUGAUGAAGUCUUUUUGGCACUAAAGGCCUUCUCGGAUACAUAUAUGGCAAGAUUUUUAUCCUGGGCAGCGGAGGUCUGUCCCAAUGCGGAGUACUAGAAUGAUUAGCCUUCAAUGCCGCUAGCCGCUAGACGUACAAAAGUUAUACGGAAUUUAGUAUACAAAACCUUUGCGUUCGCGUUCUCCUGCGUAUAUUUUCCUCUCUUCUUUAUAUUUUCUUUUGAUCUUUUUUCCCUCCCUUCAAAACUGGAUCAAUAUUAUCUAGCCAGGACCAAGCAAAGAGUUGAUCGUGCUUACAUGAAGUGAUGGACCGUGAAACACGGCAAGAGGGAGAGGUCAUUGGCUCAACGCCAACGGUUCCGUCAACCGCAAGUAUUCCGCUGCCACGGAUAUCAAACGACGGUAUAAAUGACGCACGGCCACAUGUACCAAACAAUGGAGUCGAGAUAAAACAUGUUCCCCCAGGAGACAGUUUGGAAGGGGCUCAACCCAACGGUGAUAUCGAGAAAGACGCACAGGUCGGAGAGGCUGCAUGCUCGCCGGAUACCACCACUGAGAAGGACCUGAAUCUGGUUCAGUGGGACGGGCCGUCCGACCCAGGAAAUCCUUUGAACUGGAGUCUCGCCCGGAGAUGGUAUAUCACCAUGAUCAUCUCCUUUGUUGCAUUAUUUGUCAUGUUCUCGAGCAGCGUUUUCACACCAGCCACUCAGGUAACUGCAGCGCUGUAUCACGUUUCAGAGGUGGUCAUGACACUAGCGACGAGUUUAGUUCUACUCGGGUUCGCAUUUGGGCCAUUGAUAUGGGCUCCAUUAUCCGAAUUGUACGGCCGAAUGAUCCCUCUAUGGGUCGGUUUCAGCGGUUUCGUCAUCCUCCAAAUACCUGUAGCAACAGCUCACAAUGUUGAGACGAUUUUGAUUUUCCGAUUCCUGAUCGGAAUUUUCGGCUCCGCCACGACCGCUACUAUUGCGGGCAUCAUUUUUGAUAUCUGGGAUCCUGUUAGACGCGGAGUUGCAGUAGCGAUAUUUGCUGUGGCAACAUUCGCUGGGCCUGUUGCGGGUCCUAUUUUAGGGUCGUUCAUCGUCGAUUCGGAUCUCGGAUGGCGCUGGACCGCAUGGCUGACCUGUAUUCUCUCUGGACUCUGUGCUAUUCUUGGAAUCGCCACAAGUCGAGAGACUUAUGGCCCUGUCAUCUUGCAGCGUCGUGCUGCCCAGCUCCGGCAAAGUACAAGGAACUGGGCGCUCCACUCCGAGUUGGAUGAACACAGGCCAACAUUGGGCGAUAUCUUCACCAAGUACUUCUCCCGCCCGCCGCAGAUGUUGAUUAUGGAGCCCAUCCUUCUAUUCAUGACGAUCUAUAUCGCCAUCACUUACGGCAUGCUCUAUCUCUUUUUCUUCGCAUAUCCCGUCUCCUUUCGCCGGGACCGCGGCUGGGAAAACGCAGGUGUCGCCACUUUACCCUUGCUGGGUCUAUCCCUUGGUAUCAUAGCUGGUCUGGCUGUCAUCGCCUAUGGCACGAAAACCCACUUCACCCGUAAGAUGAAGGAACAUGGCAGUGUUCCCCCUGAAGAGCGGCUCCCCGAAGUAAUCGUUGGCGCUAUCUGCCUACCCAUCGGCCUUUUUUGGUUCUCAUGGACGUCCAGUCCAGAUAUAUCCUGGGUAGCGCAAACUCUUGCUGGAAUCCCCAUUGGUAUGGGCAUCAUUAUCAUUUUCCUGCAGGGAGUCAACUAUCUUAUUGAUGUGUACACGAUUCUUUCGAAUUCUGCCGUCGCGGCGAAUUCGUUCGUGCGAUGCAUUUCCGCCGCCGCUUUCCCCCUCUUUGCUGUGCGUAUGUAUGAAAAGCUUGGGGUUAACUGGGCUGGGAGCCUGCUGGGCUUUUUGUCUCUGGCAAUGGUUCCGGUGCCGAUUCUACUUUAUGUUUAUGGGGCGAGAAUUAGGAGUAUGAGUCGCUUUCAAGUUAGGAAGUAGAGUAGAUAUAGCGAGAUUGGUAGUUACCAGAAUCAUGUGCGAUACUUUGCAAAAUUUCGCUCUCAAUUUCCUGGGAAGUGUUUUCAGAUACUAAGUGAGGUGUAAAAUUGAGACUUCGUAGGAUAAGAAAGAUAUCCUU